CUUUUUCCCUCGCUCAAAGCAAAUCAAAGCAGCAGCCUUUCCUUACAAAUAUUGUUUAUAUACCUCCGUUCUCCUUCCUACUACCUCAUCCCUCCUACUACCUCGUAGAUCCUUCGAAUUCGAUAUCUCUCUCACUCUUUUACAUCCUCACUUCCACGGUCUUGUGGUUUUCCAUGCUUGCUUCGGAAAGAGAUCGUAGUUCCGAUUUUCAAUUCUGGGAGGCUGAGAAAGUUUUCUUACCGCCAUCAAUAUGGUUAAGGGAAAGAAAUUCGGUCCAGCAAAAUUACCGGUGGCCCAACUUACAAUUCUUGGUAAGCCUUCUGUUUAACUUGUUAUGUUUACAAACGUCCGGCAGAUCUUCAAAUCGUUGAAAGUUUCUUCGUAUUCGUUGUGAUGAGAUGAGGGAAUGGGUACUUAUUUCGGGAGGCCCGGUUGAUGCAAUUGCAAAACUCCCCGCCUAUAAUGUAACGACACAACCCGAAAGUUCCUCUCCUAGUGAAGAUCAUCCACAUCAUUUACAUAGUUUUACGUCCAUUUUGAGAAGAAUUAAAAUGAAUACCCAUUCAUCUCUACACACGCUUCCUGUUCCUCCUUCAUGCGAAUGUGAUUGGAAUAGAUUUGGAGCAUUUGAUGGGAAUUUGCAUUUAGUUGUGAUUCUUUUCAGCCCCGGCUUGCUCAGCCGGAUUAUUCUUCCGCUUCCAUCAUCAUCACUAUUUUGUAGAUCGUUCAUUCAGCAAUGCAAUUGGCAGCACUGGACUCGAAAGAUCACGAGUUCAUUCAACCCUUUUCCUCUAUACUAAUUUCUUUUAGCAAUAUGUAGAUUCGCAGAACCAGUUGCCUUGACUUCAGUAUUUCCAUAUCUAGUAAGUCUCUUAAAUCUCUUAAAUCUUCAUCCGCCAUCAUGUGACUAACCAUCGACAGCCUGAGAUGAUCGAAAGUUUUGGUGUAGAGGAGAAAGAUGUAGCAAAAUGGGCGGGUAUAACGUCUGCGGUGUUUUCACUAGCUCAAUGUAUAACAGCCAUAUUCUGGGGAAGAGCUUCCGACACAUUUGGUCGGAAACCUACAAUUUUGGCGGGUUUGACAUGCACAAUGAUACUGAAUAUCGUAUGGGGUAUGUCAGUGAGUUUACCUAUGGCUAUCAUUGCUAGAGCACUUCAAGGAGCUUUUAAUGGAAAUGGUAUGUUUCAGUGUUGAACAUGGACUUCGAAUAAAAGCUAAUAGUAGAUAGUGGGGAUUAUCCGAACAAUGGUAGCAGAAAUGGUUCCUCAAAAGGAACUACAACCAAGAGCUUUUUCCAUCAUGCCUUUGGUAUGGAGUCUUGGUUCUAUAUUUGGUCCAUCGUUCGGAGGGUUCUUUGCUCGACCGGCACAGAAUUUUCCAAACCUUUUCGGGAACAACAGAUACUUCUUAAAUUUCCCUUUUGCAUUACCAAAUAUCAUUGCCAGUUUUCUUUUUAUGAUUGGAAUUACAACUGGAAUUUUGUUCCUCAGGGUAUGUCCAAUCAAUUGAUAUCCCAAAAUUCACUAACAGAUCUAGGAAACUCUGGAAUCGAAACGUAAUAAGAGAGAUUGGGGUCUAGAAAUGGGGAAGAAGGUGAUUAGCUCUUCCAAAGUGCUCUGCUGCCAACCUCGACCUAAGCACCACUCCCCUGGUCAUCCAGCCUACGAUGAAUCAUCUGCAUCACUCCUCAGGCCUACAUCUGCUUCUGAGUCAGAUUCUACUGAAACCUUUGAUGAUAACUUCGAAUCUCCAAAAUCAAAAUCACUCGCCCCUCCAAGUCUUCGAGAAGUAUUUACACGUCAAUCAGUCAUUAAUCUAGUUGCAUAUACAUUUCUCGCUCUUCAUUCCGUCUCCUAUGAUCAAAUUCUCUCAGUUUUCAUGCAUCAUCCUCGUCAAAUUCACGAUUCAACAAACACACAACUUCCUUUCAAAUUCUCCGGUGGUUUUGGACUUCAUUCUGGUAGAAUCGGCACAAUUUUCACUCUGUAUGGUGUCGUAGGUGGCUUCAUUCAAUUUGUAAUCUUUCCACCCGCGGCUCGCAAAUUUGGGGUCCUAAAUUGCUUCAAAGUAUGCGCCAUAACAUUUCCCAUCAUCUGCUUCGUCACUCCUUAUACCGCCCUCAUCGAAUCAUCAAUCUGGCAACAAAUCAUGAUUUUUGCCAUCCUAAUUGUCAAAUCAUUCGCAGUCAUCUUCGCGUUCCCAUGUUGUAUCAUCCUUCUCACCAAUUCUGCAAUUAGUCUCCGUAUCCUGGGUACAUUGAAUGGCUUCGCAGUUUCCAUCUCGGCAGUCGGUAGAGCUAUUGGACCUGCUAUGUCAGGAGCAGCUUUUACAUGGGGAUUAAAAGAAGGAUACGUCGUCACUCCUUACUUUUUACUAGGCACAAUUGCGGCUAUCGGCGCAAUUCCUAUUUGGUAUCUAGAAGAAAUGGAAGGAUUUAAUAAAAGUGGUACAAGCGAUGAUGAAGCAGAAGAAGAAUCAUUACUUCAAGCCAAUGACGAAGAAACGGGAUUACUGGCAAGUGAUGAAAGAAUUAGGCGAGAUCCUAAUGAAGAAGCACCAGGUGUUGUGGAGGGUGCACCACUCUCAAAAUCUAUCAGUAUCUCUGCGAGUAAGAGGAGAGAAAGUAGAUUGGAGGAGAAUAUGAGUAGUCCUAUUGGAAUGAUAGGUGGCAGUGUUGGACCUGGAGGAGGAAGAAGAUUAAGUAAUGGACUUGCGGUUAGUAACUUUGGGCAGGGAACUGGUGGGACGAGUUUUACUUGAUGAGGCGUGGAUUGUAAAGAUGAGUUUAUGAUUGGGGAUGAUAUAUCAUAUGAAUAUAUAUGCGUGUAUUAGUGGAUGGGUUUAUGAUGUUAUGCAUUUGAUGUUUUAUUUUGGAAUUGGAAUUGGAAUUGGAAUGGAAUGGAAUGGAAUGGAAUGGAAUUUGACGUUGGAACUUAUAAUGAUUAUGAUUAUACUGAGAUGAGAUGAGAUGAGAUGCGACAAGAUGGACGAAUAAAAGAACGCCUGGUAAUAAUACACGGAUGGAUAUAUAAGAACACCAAGUUAACUCAACUCCACUAGAAUAUUCUAUAGAAUCAAUAAAACAUCAAUUAUUUUUUUUUUUUAUAAACA